CGUUCAUUCAUUUGUGUUCCAGGUCUGAAGUCCUUCUCAGCAGUCAGAGUGUGUGGAUAUAUCCAACUGGAGGACAAACCCCUUUGAUUGGAUCCCCAUAGCUGACUGGCUGGUGUGGUGGAUACCCUGCUUGUCCCUCACAUAGUCCUGAUUGUGGAGAGCUCUGACCAGGUGGGAGGCCUUUUCACAUAGCACGCCGGACCAGGGAGGAAGACUUUUAACGUGACACGCCGGACCAUGGACAGGAAGAGGAAAUGGGUGCUGAACAGCGGUGCUUUGCUGGUGAUAUUCCUUGGUCGCAUGACCACAGGCUUAGAAGUGCCUCUUGACCCUAAGGUUCUGGAAGGAUUACCACAGCCUCCCACUAUAACCCACCAAUCCUCUAAGGAUUUCAUCAUCGACCCUCGGGAGAACAUCCUCAUCUACUGUGAGGCCAAAGGGAAGCCGCAUCCCAGCUUUUCCUGGACACGGAAUGGGACGCAUUUUGACGUGGAGAAGGACUCUAAGGUGUUGAUGAAGCCGAGCUCAGGGACGCUGGUCAUAGACAUCAGUGGGGAGAAGGCUGAGGCCUACGAGGGGAUCUACCAGUGUACCGCACGCAACGAGCACGGGACCGCAGUUUCCAACAACAUCGUCAUCAGACAGUCGAGGUCCCCCUUGUGGUCGAAGGAGAGGAAAGAGGCAAUCAUGGUACAGGUGGGAGUGUCUCUGGUGCUGCAGUGUCGACCCCCUGCGGGCCUGCCCCCUCCCAUCAUCUUCUGGAUGGACAACAACUUCCAGCGCCUGCCUCAGAACACGCGUGUGUCCCAGGCGUUAAACGGAGACCUGUACUUCUCUAACGUCCUAUUGGACGACACCAGGAACGACUACAUCUGUUACGCCCGCUUCCCCCACACACAGACCAUCCAGCAGAAACAACCCAUCACUGUCAAGGUCCUGGACAACAGUCCAUCGGGGGAGCGGCGACCCAGCUUCAUGGCUCCUCCGGGGCGGAGCAGCACCCAGAUGGCCCUGAGGGGAGGGGUUCUGGAGCUGGAGUGUAUCGCUGAAGGACUGCCGACUCCGGAGGUGUCCUGGUAUAAGGAGAGUGGCGAUCUUCCUAGCAGCCGGAUGUCCUUCCACAACUUCCAGAAGACGUUGAAGAUCGCAGAUGUGAUGGAGGCGGACGCCGGGGACUACCGCUGCACGGCCAAGAACAGCCUAGGCUCCGCCCAUCACAUCAUCAAAGUCAACGUCAAAGCGGCUCCGUUCUGGAUCAGUGCCCCCAGGAACCUGAUCCUGGCCCCGAAGGAGACGGGCAUCCUCACCUGCAGAGUCAGUGGAGACCCCAAGCCCCAAAUUGCCUGGUCCGUCAACGGAGUCCCCAUCGAAGACUCUCCAAAGGACAUGAGUCGGAAGGUGGAGGACGCCACAGUGAUCCUGAGCGAUGUCCAGACCGGCUCCAGCGCUGUCUACCAGUGCAACGCCUCCAAUGAGUUUGGCUACCUGCUGGCUAAUGCUUUUGUCAAUGUGCUUGCCGAAGCACCAAGGGUGCUGACUCCCCCCAACAAUGUGUACCAGGUCAUCACCAACAAUCCUGCCUUCCUGGACUGUGCCUCGUUCGGCUCGCCCAUACCAACCAUCACAUGGUUUAAGGACAGUCAGACCAGUAUCCUGAAUAGAGACCCAUAUGUGAUCCAUAAUAACGGUACCUUAGAGAUCAACGUAGCCCAGUCCCUGAACAGUGGCAAGUACACCUGUAUAGCCUCCAACAACCUGGGAACCAGGGAGAACCAUGUCUACCUGGAGGUCAAAGAGCCGACGAGGAUCCUGGCCCAGCCAGAGUACAUGGUGGUCCAGAGGAACAGAAAGGCAGUGUUUGAGUGUAAAGUUAAACACGACCCCACCCUCAUCCCCACCAUGAACUGGCUCAAAGACAACGGAGAGCUGCCUGACGACGAGAGGUUCUUGGUGGACACUGACAGUCUGACCAUCAACGACGUGACAGAGGAGGACGAGGGAACCUACACCUGUGUCAUGAACACCACCCUGGACCAGGACUCAGCGAGCGCCAUGCUCACCGUCGUUGAGGCUACUCCAACUCCUGCUAUUGUCUACGAGGAACCAGACCCUCCUACAGACCUGGAGCUGACUGACCAGAGAGAGAGGAGCGUCCAGCUCACCUGGAUACCCGGGGACGAACACAACAGCCCCACACAGAAGUUCCUAGUCCAGUAUGAGGACCUGCUCCACCAGGCUGGGGUGUGGCACAACCUGACAGAGGAGGAGGGCACCAAGACCACGGCCCACCUGGACCUGUCCCCCUACGCAUACUACUCCUUCAGGGUUCUGGCCGUGAACCAUGUGGGCUACAGCCGGCCCAGCCAGCCCUCCAGACAGUACAGGACCAACCCUGCAGCUCCAGAUGUGAAUCCAACAGAUGUCCAUGGUGUUGGAACUGAACACAAUAACUUAGUCAUCUCAUGGAAAGAGCUGACAGGCCUCCAGUCCAACGGGCCAGGACUACAGUACAAGGUGAACUGGAGACAGAAGGAUGUGGAGGAGGACUGGUCGUCUGAGACCGUGGCUAACGCCUCCAAGUAUGUGGUGUCAGGCACACCCACUUUCGUACCCUACGAGGUCAAAGUUCAGGCGGUGAACGACUACGGAAACGGACCAGCGCCCGAGGCGGUGGAGGGAUACUCUGGAGAGGACGUGCCCAUGUCAGCCCCAGAGAGUGUCCAGGUGCUGGUUCAGAACGGGACGCUAGCAGAGGUUCACUGGGAGCCUGUCCUCACCUCCGUGGUCAGGGGACGACUCCAGGGAUACAAGGUGUCCUACUGGCGUGAGCGUAGCCUCCACCAGGCAGAGGCACAGCAGGAGGAGCAGCAGGUGUUGGCCUUCAGUGGAAACAGGACUGACGGCAGACUACCAGGCCUCAAACCCUACAGCCUCUACACACUGAACAUCAGGGUGGUCAACGGCAAGGGAGAGGGGCCCCCCAGCCCCAAUCACAACUUUGAGACCCCCGAGGGAGUCCCAGGUCCUCCUUCCUUCUUGCGUAUAAAGAACACCAACAUGGACUCUCUGACGCUGGAGUGGGGUCCUCCACAGGACAACAAUGGUCGCCUCACCGGCUACACACUCAAAUACCAGCCAGUCAACAGCUCCAAUGAGCUUGGUCCCGUUGAGGAGAUGAUGUUCCCAGCCAAUGAGACCACCGUAAUCCUGUCCGACCUCAAGUACAGCACCCGCUAUAAGUUCUACUUCAAUGCUAAGACCAUCAAGGGCUCCGGCCCAACCAUCACAGAGGAGGCUGUCACUAUCAUGGAUGAAGCCUUUAUUCAGCAACCCAUAGUAGAUGUUGUCAAAGUGCAUUCGAUAGGCCCGGCGUUCACCAAUGUAAACUCAUCUGUGGUGGGAGAGGAGGGAGCAGUGAUAAGUUGGGAAUACUUUGGACCAGAUAAGAAUGUGUACGUGGAGUAUAUUGUAGAAAACAGUAAAGAAGACUGGACAAAAGAGUUUGUAAACGGCAGUAGCGGGUCCCAGACCUAUCUGAUAAAGGGCUUAAAGCCGGGGACGUCCUAUAGGGUUCGGGUGGUAGUUAAAGAUCACUCUGAGGCUACCAUACACAGUACAGAAGAGCUAGUGAUAACACUGCCAGAAGCAAUGAAAAGCAACCAGGUAGACCUAGCCACUCAAGGUUGGUUCAUAGGGCUGAUGUGUGCCAUCGCUCUCCUCAUUCUCGUCCUUCUCAUCAUCUGCUUCAUCAAGAGGAACAAGGGAGGGAAAUACCCAGUGAAAGAAAAAGAAGAUGCUCAUCAUGACCCAGAGAUCCAGCCUAUGAAGGAUGAUGAUGGGACGUUUGGAGAGUACAGAACAUUUUACCAAGGAACAAGGAAACUCUCCCUUCCUGACUCCCUCGAGGCAAGACAGCAUCUACACCUCUCUGUGUUUAAUUAACAAGACAGAAUCUACACCUCUCUGUGUUUAAUUAACAACACAGAAUCUACACCUGUCUGUGUUUAAUUAACAAGACAGCAUCUACACCUGUCUGUGUUUAAUUAACAAGACAGCAUCUACACCUGUCUGUGUUUAAUUAACAACACAGCAUCUACACCUGUCUGUGUUUAAUUAACAAGACAGAAUCUACACCUGUCUGUGUUUAAUUAACAAGACAGCAUCUACACCUGUCUGUUUAAUUAACAAGACAGCAUCUACACCUGUCUGUGUUUAAUUAACAAGACAGCAUCUACACCUGUCUGUGUUUAAUUAACAAGACAGAAUCUACACCUGUCUGUGUUUAAUUAACAAGACAGCAUCUACACCUGUCUGUGUUUAAUUAACAAGACUGAAUCUACACCUGUCUGUGUUUAAUUAACAAGACAGCAUCUACACCUGUCUGUGUUUAAUUAACAAGACAGAAUCUACACCUGUCUGUGUUUAAUUAACAAGACUGAAUCUACACCUGUCUGUGUUUAAUUAACAAGACAGCAUCUACACCUGUCUGUGUUUAAUUAACAAGACAGAAUCUACACCUGUCUGUGUUUAAUUAACAAGACAGAAUCUACACCUGUCUGUGUUUAAUUAACAAGACUGAAUCUAAACCUGUCUGUAUUUAAUUAACAAGACAGAAUCUACACCUCUCUGUAUUUAAUUAACACUGUAAAUACUGUAAUUACUUACAAAUAUGAUUUCAUAAUAAAUCAAAGCAACUUUUAUACAUUAGUGUGUGUGUGCAAAUAGCGUAUGUAUUUGAAUGUAACAUUAAAAACAGCUGUCAUGCUAUCAUUGAUGAGAACUUGUAUCAAGCUUUGCUGCUGAACGUGUCCCAAUCUGCACAACACUAUCUAGUGAUAUCAUCAUCAUUUGUGUGCCAAAUCUUUUGGGGGGUUUUUGUGUUUAGUUAGAAUAGUAAUAAUAAUUGUGGUGCUUCAAACGUGUUGACGGAUAUCAGACUGCUACUGUAAUACAUGGGUUGAUGGUUUGAUAUCAGACUGCUACUGUAAUACAUGGGUUGAUGGUUUGAUAUCAGACUGCUACUGUAAUACAUGGGUUGAUGGUUUGAUAUCAGACUGCUACUGUAAUACAUGUGUUGACUGUUUGAUAUCAGACUGCUACUGUAAUACAUGGGUUGACUGUUUGAUAUCAGGCUGCUACUGUAAUACAUGGGUUGACUGUUUGAUAUCAGACUGCUACUGUAAUAUAUGGGUUGACUGUUUGAUAUCAGGCUGCUACUGUAAUACAUGUAAUACAUGGUUUGAUAUCAGGCUGCUACUGUAAUAAAGCACAUAGCACAAUGUAUUUUCUCAUCCACCACUCUUCAUGUGUUCCUCCAUUGUUCUCUGUCUUUGGGGUGUAGGUCCCUGGAAAGGUAAGAGGGUUAGCAUUAUGCUAUUAGCAUACAGCAAGCCUGGCAUGCAACACACAACGUCUGAUACAGGUGUGUGUGUGUGUCUAACCUGAUACUAAAGGAGACAGCUGGACCUUGUCAAACCCAGCGCAGAUUAUACUAUGUCAGUUUAACUCACCUGUUUGUUGGCCAGCACCUGUAAUCCGGUUAUAUUUAUUUAACACUAACAGUCACUAAAACCAGAAGCUACUAUUGGACUGUAUAUCCUGUUUGGCUUCAUUUUCAGUUGCUUUCAAUGUUUCCUUUUGGGUCGAAAAAUGUCAACAUUCGGUUGUAUUUGUGAGUUGUGCCAUUGUAAUGUCGAUCUAAUAUAAGUAUAUACACAGAGUGUACAAAACAUUAACGACACCUUCCUGAUAUUGAGUUUCACCCCCUUUUGCCCUCAGAACAGCCUCAAUGUGUCAGGGCACGGACUCUACAAGGUGUCUAAAGCGUUCCACAGGGAUGCUGGCCCAUGUUGACUCCAAUGUUUCCCACAGUUGUGUCAUGUUGGCUGGUGGACCAUUCUUGAUACACACAGGAAACUGUUGAGAGUGAAAACCCCAGCAGCGUUGCAGUUCUUGACACAAACCAGUGUGCCUGGUACCUACUACCAAACCCUGUUCAAAGGCACAUCAAUAUUUUGUCUUGCCCAUUCACCCUCUGAAUGGCACACAUAGACAAUCCAUGUCUCAAUUGUCAAAAUGCUUAAAAAUCAUUAUUUAUCCUGUCUUCCCCCUUCAUGUAGACUGAUUGAAGUGGAUUUAACCAGUGACAAGGUACCAUGUCUUUCACCUGGAUUCAUCUGGUCAUUCUGUCAUGACAAGAUAAAAGAUAAUACUUCACCUUAUAUAAACUUAAAUCGGGUGCUAUGUCAUGGAAAGAGUAGGUAUCCUUAAUGUUUUGUACAUUCAGUGUUGUUAUUUCUACACGGUAUAAAUGUAUGCCAUAUUCUGGCAUAGAUGGAAUACGAGCGGUGAGGAAACACUAAGGACAGCAUUACUAAGUCCUAUAUACCUGUGUAUUGUCACCGUAGUGUUAAUGUUGAACAGGAUAUAGUGUCACCGUAGUGUUAAUGUUGAACAGGAUAUAGUGUCACCGUAGUGUUAAUAUUGAACAGGAUAUAGUGUCACCGUAGUGUUAAUAUUGAACAGGAUAUAGUGUCACCGUAGUGUUAAUGUUAAACAGGAUAUAGUGUCACCGUAGUGUUAAUAUUGAACAGGAUAUAGUGUCACCAUAGUGUUAAUGUGGAACAGGAUAUAGUGUCACCGUAGUGUUAAUGUUAAACAGGAUAUAGUGUCACCGUAGUGUUAAUGUUGAACAGGAUAUAGUGUCACCGUAGUGUUAAUGUUAAACAGGAUAUAGUGUCACCGUAGUGUUAAUGUUAAACAGGAUAUAGUGUCACCGUAGUGUUAAUAUUGAACAGGAUAUAGUGUCACCGUAGUGUUAAUGUGGAACAGGAUAUAGUGUCACCGUAGUGUUAAUAUUGAACAGGAUAUAGUGUCACCGUAGUGUUAAUGUUGAACAGGAUAUAGUGUCACCGUAGUGUUAAUGUUAAACAGGAUAUAGUGUCACCGUAGUGUUAAUAUUGAACAGGAUAUAGUGUCACCGUAGUGUUAAUGUUAAACAGGAUAUAGUGUCACCGUAGUGUUAAUAUUGAACAGGAUAUAGUGUCACCGUAGUGUUAAUGUUGAACAGGAUAUAGUGUCACCGUACUGUUAAUAUUGAACAGGAUAUAGUGUCACCGUAGUGUUAAUGUUAAACAGGAUAUAGUGUCACCGUAGUGUUAAUAUUAAACAGGUUAUAGUGUCACCGUAGUGUUAAUAUUGAACAGGAUAUAGUGUCACCGUAGUGUUAAUGUUAAACAGGAUAUAGUGUCACCGUAGUGUUAAACAGGAUAUAGUGUCACCGUAGUGUUAAUAUUGAACAGGAAAUAGUGUCACCGUAGUGUUAAUGUUAAACAGGAUAUAGUGUCACCGUAGUGUUAAACAGGAUAUAGUGUCACCGUAGUGUUAAUGUUGAACAGGAUAUAGUGUCACCGUAGUGUUAAUGUUAAACAGGAUAUAGUGUCACCGUAGUGUUAAUAUUGAACAGGAUGUAGUGUCACCGUAGUGUUAAUGUGGAACAGGAUAUAGUGUCACCGUAGUGUUAAUGUUAAACAGGAUAUAGUGUCACCGUAGUGUUAAUAUUGAACAGGAUAUAGUGUCACCGUAGUGUUAAUGUUAAACAGGAUAUAGUGUCACCGUAGUGUUAAUAUUGAACAGGAUAUAGUGUCACCGUAGUGUUAAUGUUAAACAGGAUAUAGUGUCACCGUAGUGUUAAUAUUAAACAGGAUAUAGUGUCACCGUAGUGUUAAUAUUGAACAGGAUAUAGUGUCACCGUAGUGUUAAUGUUAAACAGGAUAUAGUGUCACCGUAGUGUUAAUAUUGAACAGGAAAUAGUGUCACCGUAGUGUUAAUGUUAAACAGGAUAUAGUGUCACCGUAGUGUUAAACAGGAUAUAGUGUCACCGUAGUGUUAAUGUUGAACAGGAUAUAGUGUCACCGUAGUGUUAAUGUUGAACAGGAUAUAGUGUCACCGUAGUGUUAAUAUUGAACAGGAUAUAGUGUCACCGUAGUGUUAAUGUUAAACAGGAUAUAGUGUCACCGUAGUGUUAAUGUUAAACAGGAUAUAGUGUCACCGUAGUGUUAAUGUUAAACAGGAUAUAGUGUCACCGUAGUGUUAAUAUUGAACAGGAUGUAUUGUCACCGUAGUGUUAAUAUUGAACAGGAUAUAGUGUCACCGUAGUGUUAAUGUUAAACAGGAUAUAGUGUCACCGUAGUGUUAAUAUUAAACAGGAUAUAGUGUCACCGUAGUGUUAAUAUUAAACAGGUUAUAGUGUCACCGUAGUGUUAAUAUUGAACAGGAUAUAGUGUCACCGUAGUGUUAAUGUUGAACAGGAUAUAGUGUCACCGUAGUGUUAAUGUUGAACAGGAUAUAGUGUCACCGUAGUGUUAAUGUUGAACAGGAUAUAGUGUCACCGUAGUGUUAAUGUUGAACAGGAUAUAGUGUCACCGUAGUGUUAAUAUUGAACAGGAUAUAGUGUCACCGUAGUGUUAAUGUUGAACAGGAUAUAGUGUCACCGUACUGUUAAUAUUGAACAGGAUAUAGUGUCACCGUAGUGUUAAACAGGAUAUAGUGUCACCGUAGUGUUAAUGUUAAACAGGAUAUAGUGUCACCGUAGUGUUAAUAUUAAACAGGAUAUAGUGUCACCGUAGUGUUAAUAUUAAACAGGAUAUAGUGUCACCGUAGUGUUAAUGUUGAACAGGAUAUAGUGUCACCGUACUGUUAAUAUUGAACAGGAUAUAGUGUCACCGUAGUGUUAAUGUUAAACAGGAUAUAGUGUCACCGUAGUGUUAAUGUUAAACAGGAUAUAGUGUCACCGUAGUGUUAAUAUUGAACAGGAUAUAGUGUCACCGUAGUGUUAAUAUUGAACAGGAUAUAGUGUCACCGUAGUGUUAAUGUUGAACAGGAUAUAGUGUCACCGUACUGUUAAUAUUGAACAGGAUAUAGUGUCACCGUAGUGUUAAUGUUGAACAGGAUAUAGUGUCACCGUAGUGUUAAUGUUGAACAGGAUAUAGUGUCACCGUAGUGUUAAACAGGAUAUAGUGUCACCGUAGUGUUAAUAUUGAACAGGAUAUAGUGUCACCGUAGUGUUAAUGUUGAACAGGAUAUAGUGUCACCGUAGUGUUAAUGUUGAACAGGAUAUAGUGUCACCGUAGUGUUAAUAUUGAACAGGAUAUAGUGUCACCGUAGUGUUAAUGUUGAACAGGAUAUAGUGUCACCGUAGUGUUAAACAGGAUAUAGUGUCACCGUAGUGUUAAUAUUGAACAGGAUAUAGUGUCACCGUAGUGUUAAUAUUGAACAGGAUAUAGUGUCACCGUAGUGUUAAUGUUAAACAGGAUAUAGUGUCACCGUAGUGUUAAUAUUGAACAGGAUAUAGUGUCACCGUAGUGUUAAUGUUGAACAGGAUAUAGUGUCACCGUACUGUUAAUAUUGAACAGGAUAUAGUGUCACCGUAGUGUUAAACAGGAUAUAGUGUCACCGUAGUGUUAAUGUUAAACAGGAUAUAGUGUCACCGUAGUGUUAAUAUUAAACAGGAUAUAGUGUCACCGUAGUGUUAAUAUUAAACAGGAUAUAGUGUCACCGUAGUGUUAAUGUUAAACAGGAUAUAGUGUCACCGUAGUGUUAAUGUUAAACAGGAUAUAGUGUCACCGUAGUGUUAAACAGGAUAUAGUGUCACCGUAGUGUUAAUGUUAAACAGGAUAUAGUGUCACCAUAGUGUUAAUAUUGAACAGGAUAGAGUGUCACCGUAGUGUUAAUGUUAAACAGGAUAUAGUGUCACCGUAGUGUUAAUGUUAAACAGGAUAUAGUGUACUACACUUCUACUGUUAGAUUGAUCCACCAGAAUCAGUUCAGUUUUAAUUUCAAUAAAAGGGUUUUUGUACGACUCAGCCCCUUGACUCCAAGACCAUUAAGACCCCUAUGCAUUUUGGACAGAUCUGUUAUUUGAAUCCCUCUGAGUCUUUAAUGCAUGUAGAUUUAAUGGAUAGCACAUGGUCUGAUGUCUGCCUAGUAUGUGUGUUAUGUUGAGAAGCACGCCUUAUUGAUUGAAAUGGAAUCAUGUCAAACUAUUCGUCACCAAGUCCAGUCCCGCAGAACUAGGUGUUCCAGGCUUUUGCUCCAGCCAAGCUUGAACACAUCAUAAACAAUACCUUGGUCAGGUGAAUUAGGUGCAUCAAUGCCAGGCUGGAACAAAACCCUGCACCCCCUGUAUCUCUCCAGGACCAAACUUAGCCACCACUAUCUGACCUAAAGUAAACCGUUUCUCUGCCUCUCCCUCCUAAC